CAGCCGUUAGAUCGGCGGUCCAUUCAUACGUAUUGGGCAUUAGCUAGUGGUCGCGAAAGGAUUUCUGGAGCUUCGAUCCGAGGAGAAUCGCCCUCGUCCUAGCUCUGACCAGGAAUCGCUGUCCGCCGAGAGUUUGGGUUUGGAGAGAAUUCGAGUUGGACGAGGUCGCAUUUGACUGGUCGAUUUUGAGCGGCUUCUUGGCAAAGAAGAAAAAGGGGGGGGAGCGCGGGGAGGAAAGAAUCAAGAGAGAUGAGGAGCAUUGGAUCGAUUCUUGCGCGGCUUCUUGUCUGCGGCUUCUUGAUUUUUGGCGAUGGAUCUUUGAGCGAUGGAGCUCGCGUCGCGCCGCUGCUGCGUGUGAGCGACGGGAUUUCGUCGCAAGAUGGGAUUUCGUCACAAGAACGCCUCGAGAGGUGCGAUUUCCCGCAGGGAUUCGUGUUUGGAGUCUCGUCGUCGGCUUAUCAGUAUGAAGGCGCUGCCGCGGAGGGAGGGCGACAACCCAGCAUUUGGGACACAUUUUCUCAUACCCAAGGUAUGAUCGAUAUCUCUUCGUUUCCUCGCAAACAUUUUGAUGAAACACAAUCUCCUUUGUUCUUCCCAGGAAAGAUUCAGGAUGGUACCACAGGCGACUUAGCGAAUGAUCAAUAUCACCGAUUUCGGGAAGACGUGGGGCUGAUUAAAAACAUGGGAAUGGACGCUUACAGGUUUUCCAUAAGCUGGAGCCGCUUCUUUAUCGAUGGUUCCGUGAACGUCGAGGGCCAGGCAUACUACAACGCGUUGAUUGACGAGCUUUUGAGCGCAGGAAUCGAGCCUUAUGUGACGUUGAAUCACUUCGAUCUUCCCCAAGCUCUAGAUGGCUCCAAUGGUGGCUGGCUUAACUCGAGCAUUGUGGACAUUUUUGCAGCGUAUGCUGAGGCCUGCUUCGAUGCUUUUGGAGAUAGAGUAAAGACGUGGAUCACAUUUAACGAGCCGCAGCUUUUCAGUCUCAAGGCAUACUCUGAAGGUAGUCACGCUCCCGGUCGGUGUUCUAGCUGUUCCAACGGGAACUCACUCACCGAGCCAUACAUUGUUGGACACAAUAUGCUUCUCUCCCAUGCUGCUGCUGUUAGGAUCUACAAGCAAAAGUUUCAAGCUCGGCAAGGAGGCAAAAUUGGGAUCACGCUAAACUCUUACUGGUUUGAGCCUUUCUCUAAUUCAAAGAUGGAUAUAGAGGCCUCAAAGAGGAGCCUCGACUUUGAGCUUGGCUGGUUUUUGGAGCCACUCACUUCUGGAAACUAUCCCGAGAGAAUGCGUACACGCCUGGGGCCCCGGCUUCCAGUGUUUACAGAGGAGCAACGCCAGGCAGUGAAAAGCUCUAUCGAUUUUUUGGGACUCAACCACUAUACAACGCGCUAUGUCCAAGACAUGCCUGCUGUUACACCAGCCAACACUGCCAAUGGUGAUUCACAAGUCUUGCAACUUGUUGCAAGGAAUGGUGUCGAGAUUGGACCCAAGUCGGCUUCUUCCUGGUUGUACAUAGUUCCUUGGGGAAUAGAGAAGCUCCUUUUGUACGUUAAAGACCACUACAAUCCUCCAGAGAUUAUAAUCACAGAAAAUGGAAUGGACGAGGCAAACGAUCCAUCGGCUCCACUGGAGCAAUCUUUACAAGACCAUAAUCGUAUCAAGUUCUACCAAAGCUAUCUAAAAUAUUUGCUACAGGCAGUCAAGAAAGGAGUCAAUGUUAGAGGCUAUUUGGCAUGGACCCUCCUGGACGAUUUCGAGUGGAGAUUCGGCUACAUGCAAAGAUUUGGGCUCCACUUUGUGGAUUUCAAUGACAACAUGAGGAGGUACCCGAAAUUGUCGUCGCUUUGGUUCAAGCAGAUGUUAAAAGAUCGCAACUGUGAGUCCAAGUCUGCUUUGUAAAAAGUAGGAAAAGAGAGAAAAAAUAUAACUGUUUUUUUAUCA